AUGGAGGCACAAGAGAUACCAGGUGCUGCUCGCUUCUCCAUUCAGAGAGGCAGGACCACAUGCCAGACUGAAUUUGAUGAGGCUUUCAUUGUUUGGGCCGCACUCAGCCAGGGUACCGCCACGGGGCCCCCGGUGUUUGCAGAGACCCCCAAGGACACGCGGGAGGGAAAAAGCCCCACAAAAAACACAGACAUAAAGGAAGAAUGUAUCAUGUUUGGAAGACCGCCACCUUCUGCCUGCGCGCUGUCCGCCCAGCAUCAGGUGUGCAACUGGUCUUCGACUGAUCCUUUGCCCAACUUGAAUUUUUCAUCCCCUUCAGCCGUUGGUCUCCAUGUGCCGAUCGCCGGCCGAACGUCACCGCUCUGCCAAAAUCCUGACAAGGGGCUGCAGAUGCAGAUAGUGACACAGUGUCCCUUCACCUCGCUGGCAAGGUUAGACACCACCUCCCUGCCCGGCCAUCUGCUGGCUCCAGAGCAGUCAGCGGCCGGUGCCAAGGCCUUUAACAACAUGAGAGCAUGUCUUUCGCUCCUCUCUGCAGAUAAAUGCGGAGGCAACAUCAGAAUCUCCAGCGCCAGCUACCUCACGUCGCCCGGAUACCCGAUGUCCUACCCGCCCUCUCAGAGGUGCAUGUGGGUCAUCUCGGCGCCGGGGCCCCACCAGCGGAUCCUUAUCAACUUCAACCCGCAUUUCGACCUGGAGGACCGAGAGUGCAAGUAUGACUACGUGGAGGUGCGAGAUGGUGUGGACGAGAACGGUCAGCUGGUGGGGAAGUACUGCGGGAAGAUCGCCCCCUCAGCGGUCGUCUCCUCAGGAAACCAGCUGUUUAUCAAGUUUGUGUCGGACUACGAGACGCACGGUGCUGGAUUCUCCAUUCGAUAUGAGAUCUUUAAGACGGGUCCCGAGUGCUCCAAGAACUUCACCUCCAACAGCGGCGUCAUAAAGUCUCCGGGGUUUCCAGAGAAGUACCCCAACAACCUCGAUUGCACCUUCAUGAUCUUUGCCCCAAAGAUGUCGGAAAUCAUUUUGGAGUUCGAGAGCUUCGAGCUGGAACCCGACACAACGCCCCCUACUGGUGUCUUUUGCCGCUAUGACCGGCUGGAAAUCUGGGACGGCUUUCCAGGAGUCGGGCCUUACAUCGGGAGGUACUGUGGUCAGAACACCCCCGGCAGGAUCAUCUCCUACACAGGCAUCUUGGCUCUGACAAUCAACACCGACAGCGCCAUCGCUAAGGAAGGCUUCUCUGCCAACUUCACUGUCCUCGACCGGACCGUCCCAGAGGACUUUGACUGCAGCGAUCCGUUGGGAAUGGAGUCGGGGGAGAUAACAUCAGACCAAAUCAUGGCUUCAUCCCAGUACAAUCCCAGCUGGUCCCCGGAACGCUCCAGACUCAACUACUAUGAAAAUGCAUGGACGCCUGCAGAGGACUCAAACAAGGAGUGGAUUCAGGUGGACCUCGGCUUUUUGCGCUUCAUCUCUGCCAUCGGGACACAGGGUGCCAUUUCCCAGGAGACUCACAAGAUAUACUUUGUCAAGUCCUACAAAGUAGAUGUCAGCUCCAACGGAGAGGACUGGAUCACCUUGAAAGAAGGCUCCAAACAGAAGAUUUUCCAGGGCAACACCAACCCAACGGACGUCACCAAGACCAAGCUGCCCAAACCCACUCUGACACGAUUCCUCCGCAUCCGUCCAGUUACCUGGGAAACGGGCAUAGCACUGCGCUUCGAGGUCUACGGCUGCAAGAUAUCAGAGUACCCCUGCUCCGGCAUGCUGGGCAUGGUGUCAGGCCUGAUCACAGACAACCAGAUCACGGCAUCCUCUCACAUCGACCGGAGUUGGGUGCCCGAGAACGCCCGCCUUCUCACCAGCAGGACCGGGUGGACGCUGCUGCCCCAGCCGCAGCCCUUCACCAACGAGUGGCUGCAGGUGGAUCUCGGCGAAGAGAAGCUGGUGAAGGGGUUUAUCAUCCAGGGAGGGAAAUACCGUGAGAACAAGGUCUUCAUGAAGAAGUUCCGCCUCGGGUACAGCAACAACGGCUCUGACUGGAGGGUGGUGUCUGACACCAGCGGAAACAAACCAAAGAUAUUUGAAGGUAACAGUAAUUACGACACUCCUGAGCUGAGGACAGUGGAGCCCCUGCUGACCCGUUUCAUCAGAAUUUAUCCAGAGAGGGCCACUCCUGCUGGGAUGGGUCUGCGCCUGGAGCUCCUCGGCUGCGAGAUUGAAGCGCCAACACUCCCCCCGACCACUCCGGCCCCUAGCACCACCCCUUCCGACGAGUGUGACGACGACCAGGCGAGCUGCCACAGCGGCACAGGUGAUGACUACGAUGUGACAGGUGGCACCACAAUUCCAGAGACCACAACUUUAAAAGUGGACCCCAUUCCAGCUUUUCUGUGGUUUGCCUGCGACUUCGGUUGGCCCAAUGAUCCCUCCUUCUGCCGCUGGACUUCAGAGGACACUGGCUCCAGGUGGCAGAUCCAGUCCAGUGGCACCCCAACUCUCAACACUGGCCCCAACAUGGACCACACAGGGGGGUCAGGAAACUUCAUCUAUACACUAGCGACCGGUCUCCAGGAGAGCGAAGUGGCUCGACUAGUGAGUCCCAUGAUCAGCUCUGAGGACUCCGACCUGUGUGUGUCCUUUUGGUACCACAUGUACGGGUCGCACAUCGGAACACUUCAUAUCAAACAGCGCGAGCAGACUGAGGAAGGAACUGCCGACAUCCUGCUCUGGACGGUCAGUGGUCACCAAGGGAAUCGCUGGAGGGAAGGGCGUGUCCUUGUCCCGCGGAUCAGCAAACCCUAUCAGGUGGUGAUUGAGGGUCUUGUGCAGAGGAAGAGUUGGGGAGACAUUGCUGUGGAUGACAUUAAGGUUCUCGACGGGCUUGGCAAAUCAGACUGUGAAGAUCCUGAUGUGCCCACUGAGCCAAUGCUACCGGAGGACAAUAUCAAUGAAAUUUUUGAGGACAUCACCGACUAUCCAGACCUGGUAGAAACUAACCAGAUCAGCGGCGCUGGCAACAUGCUGAAAACUCUCAAUCCCAUCCUCAUCACCAUCAUCGCCAUGUCGGCCCUGGGGGUUUUCCUGGGGGCCAUCUGCGGCGUGGUCCUGUACUGCGCUUGCUCGCACGGCGGCAUGUCGGAGAGGAACUUAUCGGCCCUGGAGAACUAUAACUUUGAGUUGGUGGACGGUGUCAAGCUAAAAAAGGACAAACUCAAUGUACAGAACUCAUACUCAGAGGCAUGAGAUGGGUCAGGCUGCUGUCACAAGACUAAAAGACGGAGCAGAGCUCGCACAAAAAGAAGAAGGAAAAAAAAAGAACAUCUCUAGGCAUAUUUUGUAUGCCGGCCCCGUAAGCGGGCUCAACAGAACUGCCAAACACCCUCCGCUCAACAGAUGAGGGUCAGGGUUCAGGAAACCAGUGGGAGGUUUGGACUGAUCCACGCUUUUUUUCUCAGGAGCUGCAGUAAAAAGAACCUACCAGUAGGGGACACUGUGUACAAAUAAAAAAAAAAUACAGGAAAAAAAACCUAACAAAAAAAGUAUGUACAGAUGAUUUAGAUGAUAUUAUAAUUUUGUAUUUUGAUUUUCAUUCAUUUCUACAAUCGGAUGCUGGUGUUGAGACCAAUUUAUUAAUAAUGUUUAAAGUAUUUAUCAUUUUUGGGGAUGUGUGAGGGGGGGAGAAAUGUGAUGGGGAGGUUUUGUUUGUAGAAUCAGUUCAUUAAAGCUGUUGUUUCUCUUCA